AUGUCGAUGGACAGCAGAAAGAAGUCAGCAGCUUCCUCCAACUCUGGGAACUUAGUUUACUGGUCCUCUUCAUUUUCCCGGCAACCAGCCAGAGUCCUGAUUGUGGAGGCACUGCCACCCUGGUGGUCUGAGACUUGUGCAGUGCUCUGUGAUGCUCUGGAGAACUUCCUGUCCCUGGCCUGUAGCCUGGAUGGACCCUGUAGGAUUCCACUUCUCAGCCUGUACGCCAUCAGCAGACAGCAGGAAUGUCUACUGCCAUUUGUGCAGGUCCGUGGUAACCUGGCUAGGCUGCGUUCCUGUGUCGAGGAGCUGAAGACGAUUCCAGGUGAAGGGUGCAUCAGAGGAGCAGCCAGAGGAGGCGAGCUGGUGCGACAGGCGGUGCUGGACAGUCUGCAGCAGUUCAAACAGUACAUCAGACAUACCAGUGCUGGCAGCCAGGCCAGCAACAAUAUAUCUGUGGAGGUUACUGUGGUGACCAGCCAGCCAGGGCGGGGCAUUGUUCGCCAGUUGGAGAUGGGGCUCAAAGAUGCUGACCUGAUGUCACUGAAGCGGCUCUUGGUGGUGCAGGUCUAUAGUGCGGCAGACUGGGGCCAAGACAACAACUCACCUGAAGGCACACAGACUGAAGAUUCUCUGAUGUUGGGAACAGAGGUCGACCUGCAGCAGGUGGAAAACAGCGUGCUCGCGGUGGAGACGGUGUUGAAGGCGUGGCUUCAGGAGCAGGGAGGAGACAAGGAGCAUCUCCACCUCCUGCUGCCCAGCCCCCUGCACAAUCACAAUCACAAUCCAGUGUGUGUGAAGUGUGACAUGCAGGAGCGUCUGAUAAGCCCUGCUCUCAUCCCAAUCAACCCCAACCUGGGAGUGAAGACUGAGAGCAUCAGGGACUUCCUGCCUGUCUCUAAGGGAUCAGCCAAUCAGAGCCGGCCGCCGAGACUGAAAGCAAUCAAGACUCUGCGUGCAGACGGAGUGUGUGAGAGUGUGUUGUACGGCCUGCCGCUGGUGAUCCGCCCCACCAACUGCUGGCAGCUGGACUGGGAUGAAAUGGAGGCCAACCACAACUUGUUCCACGCUCUGUGCCACACACUCAGGAGUCGUGACUUAUUCCUGCUGCUGCAGGUGGAGCCCACACAGAGGCCCGCAGCAGGAGCCUCAGGUGUGUAUUCUCACUACGUGCUCCAGCCGUCCCCGUCUCUCUCCCUCCUGCUGAAGCCUGUGGUGUCCAGAGAGCUGCUGCUGCCCUGCUCACUACCAGGCUCAGCUCAGGAACUUGGAGCCGAUGCCCUGCACACUAUACAGGGUUGUCUCACUCAGCUGGAUGAGGAGUGUGUGUUCAACCCUCUCUCUCUGAGCAGUAACCUGUACCAGCACCUCAGGAGCAGAGGCCUGCUCGCUCAGCCACGAUACCCAUACAGGCUGCAGCCAGCAGCAGCCCACAGAGACCAGUUUCAGCCACUAGAGGGACCUAAAACCUCAGGCAGCAGACAGCCGCGGCAGCCACAAAACCGCCACCUGGGAAUGAACAGCAAGAUCAGGGCCACUGUGGCUCCCCUGCCCUCCUCCUCUUCCUCCUCCUCCCUGGGACCUCCUCCUGCUAAGGCCUCGCGUCCAGCUCUGAUGCUCCUCAGCAGCAGCAGCAGCAGUGGAAGCCGCCGGGCCCCGGCCCCUAGUCGACAGGAGGAAGUUUACGAUGAUGAUGACUGUAUGGUGAUACAGUAA